UUAACAGACUUUCAGUGAAUCAGUUGUAUAUCAACACUCUCUCUGCAAUUUGCUCUGUAAUAGCAAUGGCUAAACUUCCAAUUGUUCAAUUCGAAGAUCUGAUUCUGAAAACUAUCGAAGACAAUCCAGUAGUCGUUAUCGUCGGCGAAACCGGCUCCGGCAAGAGCACACAGCUCUCGCAAAUGCUUCACCGCCGAGGCUACAGCAAAGCCGGAGUCAUCGGCGUCACUCAACCGCGCCGAGUUGCUGCCGUCACUGUUGCUAGACGAGUUGCGCAAGAGCUUGGGGUUACACUUGGAGAGGAAGUAGGUUAUGCGAUUCGGUUUGAAGAUAGAACGUCGGAUUUAACUCGAAUUAAGUAUCUAACUGAUGGAGUUCUUCUUCGAGAAAGUUUGUCGAAUCCGGAGCUUAAUCAGUAUUCUGUCAUUAUAUUGGAUGAAGCUCAUGAGAGGAGUCUGAACACGGACAUUUUGUUGGGAUUGAUGAAACGCUUGGUUAAAUUGCGUGCCUCCAAUUUAAAGGUUCUCAUAACAUCAGCUACUCUAGAUGGUGUAAAAGUAUCAGAAUUCUUUUCGGGUUGCCCCGUACUGAAUGUUCCUGGAAAGUUAUACCCUGUGGAGAUAAAGUACAGCAAUGAGCGUCCUACAAACUACAUUGAGUCUUGUUUGAAAACAGCUAUUGAUAUACAGGCUCGUGAACCUGAAGGUGACAUUUUGAUAUUCAUGACUGGACAGGAUGAUAUAGAGAAGUUGGUGGCAAAGCUGGAGGAUAGAGUCCGAAGCCUAGAGGAAGGGUCCUGCAUGGAUGCAAUAAUCCUUCCACUCCAUGGUUCCUUGCCACCUGAACAUCAGGUGCGUGUGUUUACUCCUCCACCUCCUAAUUGUAGGCGAAUAAUUGUUGCAACAAAUAUUGCUGAAACUUCUUUGACUGUUGAUGGCGUUGUGUAUGUUAUUGAUUCUGGGUAUGUGAAGCAGCGGCAGUACAACCCAUCAACAGGCAUGUACUCCCUUGAUGUUGUACAGAUCAGCAAAGUGCAAGCCAAUCAGCGUGCAGGACGAGCUGGAAGAACACGUCCUGGAAAAUGCUACAGAUUAUACCCUUCUCUUGUUUACGAAGAUGAUUUCCUUGAUGUGACUGUUCCUGAAAUACAGCGAUCUUCACUUGCUGGCUGUGUCCUUUACUUGAAGUCAUUAGAUCUUCCGGAUAUUGAUAUUCUCAAGUUUGAUUUUCUUGAUGCCCCUUCAUAUGAAUCUCUAGAAGAUGCUUUGAAACAACUAUAUCUGAUAGAUGCUAUUGAUGAAAAUGGAUCAAUUACUAGUGUUGGGCGGACAAUGGCUGAACUUCCAUUAGAGCCAUCACUUUCGAGAACCUUGAUGGAGGCAAAUGAUAAAGGUUGCUUGUCUCAGGCAUUAACUGUGGCUGCGAUGUUAUCAGCAGAAACGUCAUUACUUCCUGGUCAAAGCCGAAGUACCGAAAAGAAGCGCAAACACACUUCCUUAGAUCUUCCCGAUGGCUAUGGUUUGGGUGAUCACAUCCAACUGCUGCAGAUUUUUCUGAACUGGGAUCUGAAUGACUAUGAAAUUGAUUGGUGCAAAAGGAUCGGUUUGCAGGGGCGAGGAAUGAAGUUUGUCAAAGACGUUCGGAAACAGUUGUGUCAGAUAAUGCAGAAAAUAGCUAAAGGAUCAUCAGACGUAAGGGCAGGCUACAAGAAAGGCGAAAAAGAGUAUACGAAUUUGAGAAAAGCCUUGUGUGUGGGCUAUGCUAAUAAACUUGCUGAGAGGAUGGUUCAUCAUAAUGGCUAUAGAACUAUAGGAUUCAAGCAUCAACUGGUUCAGGUGCAUCCAUCUUCUGUUCUGAGAGCUGAUGAUUAUGGAAUGUUUCCGAAUUUCAUUUUGUACCAUGAGCUCAUUGCUACAUCACGUCCAUACUUACGCAACGUGUGCGCUGUGGAGAAUUCAUGGGUUUAUCCUAUCCUGGAAAAGCUGAAGAAACUAAAUGUUGUCAAGUUGAGUGGUGGUCUUGGCCAAAAUGUCACAGAAGGAACGGAGAGAAAGAUCUCAGACUUGCCAUUGGUAGAGGAUCUUGCUCGUUCUGGAGUUCCCGAUGAUGCUGAUCGUAGAAUCCAGGAAGCUAGGAAUCGGUUUCUUGCACGUAAAGCGACGAAAUGAGCACGGCCGUCAUCUGUUAUUUAUACAAGAGAUUGACAGCAUUUGCUUGUCAAAUUCUGGGUUGAGUUUCCUCUUCGUCUGGAAUUACGUCUUGAAAGGGAACUGCCAAAACAGAACUUGGGGUCAUGGAAUAUGAAAUGGUAUGAAGUUUUCUGCCGGAGUUUGGUCUUAAAGCGCAUUAUCGAUACUCGGGCUGCGAUGCUUGUUGACUCGUAUCUAAAGGAAAGAGCCAAACAUUAACAUUUCAAAAAUCUACAUUAAGUUCUGCAAGCUUACCAGUAGAUGAAGCAAACAAAAUCACUGAAGUCUUAAUUAGUCUGUUGUUUUCAUGGCCACAAUAUUGAGUUUGUUUAAAGUUUCCAUAAAGUUUCUUAUGUUCAAUAGUAUGUACAUAAUUUGGUUU